AUGUCGGAGACCAGCCCGAAGGCGGAGGCGGCGAAGUUGCUCCCUUUCCUGACGCUCGGGGAGCGGGCUGACCUGCAGGCGGCAGCGGCGCAGCAUGUGCUGGCGCUGACUGGCUCGGGGCCCGGCCGCACGCUGCUGGCCGGCCAGGCGGCACUGCUGCGGGCGCUGGUCGAGCUGGCGGUGGCCCCUCCUCCCGCCCCAGCCCGAGACGCCGCUCGCGCGCUAGUCAACCUGGCUGCCGACCCCGGCCUACACAAGCCGCUGCUGGAGGCCGAGUCCGGACUGCCUGUCCGCCUGCUGGGCUGCGCGUUGGACCCACAGUGGCCCUGGGCCGAGGAGGCGGCCGCCGUGCUAGCUAACCUCAGCCGCGAGCCGGUGCCGUGCGCUGCGCUGAUAGAGGCUCUGGCGGCCCCAGAACCCGGGGAGUCGGGCCUGGAGCGGCUGGUGCGCGCUCUGUGCACGCCAGGCUACAACGCCCGCGCGCCCUUGCACUACUUGGGACCAGUGCUCUCCAACCUCAGCCAACGUCCCGCGACCCGCGCUUUUCUGCUGGACCGCAACAGGUGCGUGGUCCAGCGGCUGCUGCCCCUUACCCAAUACCCGGACUCCUCGGUGCGCAGGGGCGGGGUUGUGGGAACACUGCGAAACUGCUGCUUCGAACACCGACAUCAUGAAUGGUUGCUUGGGCCCGAGGUGGACAUUCUCCCCUUCUUGCUACUGCCCCUGGCUGGACCUGAAGACUUCUCUGAGGAAGAGAUGGAGCGGCUGCCUGUUGAUCUGCAGUACCUGCCACCAGACAAGCAGCGAGAGCCUGACGCUGACAUCCGCAAGAUGCUAAUUGAGACCAUCAUGCUGCUGACAGCCACAGCACCUGGUCGGAAGCAGGUGAGGGACCAGGGAGCCUACUUGAUCCUGCGAGAGCUGCACAGCUGGGAGCCUGAGCCUGAUGUGCAGGUGACUUGUGAGAAACUCAUCCAGGUACUUAUUGGGGAUGAGCCAGAGCGAGGCCUGGAGAACCUGCUGGAGGUGCAGGUGCCGGAGGAGGUUGAGCGGCAGCUGCAGCAGCAGGAUCACCAGGAGCGGGAACAGCAGGAGCUGGAGCUGGGCCCAGGGCCACAAGCAGAGGGAGCCUCACCCACAUGA